AUGAAACUGUUAGAGAACAUCGUGAUUGCUUGGAAGGAGCAUGCUAUUGGAGAUGAAAAUUGCAAAUUUUACGACUAUGAUUGUAUCUGGACAGAUAUCGAUCGUCGAGAAUGCCGACGUGAGGUGUCUAUGAAAAUUCUGGCUCUUGGCAUGAGCCGCACCGGAACCGACUAUAGAAAGCUGAACGUUGGUAUAUUGAAAGCCUUGAGACAAGCUUUGAGGAUCUUAGGCUAUGACGACGUAUAUCACGGUUAUUCUGCAUCUUUGGAGAAUCCUCGAGAUUGCAAAAUGUGGCUUUCUGGUUUACGCGCAAAAUAUGACGGUAUUGGGAAGGUGUUUGGGCGGAUGGAAUUCGACCAGCUUUUAGGACAUUGCCAGCAGGUUGUGUCGGACUUCCCUGCCGUGUGCUUUUCUGAAGAGCUUAUCGAAGCCUAUCCUGAAUCUAGGAUAUUGACAAAUGGCACGGGGUUUAACAUCAGAAACAGGUCCGUGAAUCAAUCCAUUCAGCCACUGCUGAAUAGCGCGUUUCUACGUUUUAUCGAAUUGGUCGAUCGCGCCCUACUCGGAAAAACACGAUGGAUUGGACGAACUUGGAGAAAGAUCUGGAAGAAUCUCUUUGACAACAAUUUUGAACAAAAUGGACGUCGAGUAUAUUUGGAACACUGUGAUUUGAUCAAGAAUUUGGUUUCAAAUGAAAAUUUGUUGAUCUUCGACGUUCGCAAUGGCUGGGAGCCGCUUUGUAAGUUUCUUGGACACCCCGUACCAGCUAUUGAUUUUCCUAAGGGAAAUACUGUCGACAUUUUCCACAGACGCUUGGCAAGUGGC